UUUCCUUCUGAUUACUUACAAAGUCUAUUCUUCUGAUUACUGUGCUUUUGUCAUAGACUCCCCACUGUGAGUUGAAAUCUAAUCCUGGAUCUGUGUUUAGUCCAUUGGUGUGUAUGACAUGUGUCACAUGCUCCCUGAUAUGUGUGUUGUUGCUGACUGACCUGGCACACACAGGGUCAGCGUACGUGCGUGCGUGCGUGUGUGUGUGUGACAUUGAUGUAUGCCAUUGUAUUGCAGCGUGGUGUUCAGCGUGUCGCACAGCUGGUUGUGUGCAUGUACACGAGUGACUUAUGCAGCGAGCGUCCCGUUUCACAUACUGUCUGCGAUAUGUGAUCGCGCCAUUGUACCCUGUGGGGGGGUUUGUGUGUGUGUGUGUGUGUCAUCUCCUGUUACAGAGCAGCCAUCACACACAUAUGCACACGGUGACAGAGGCAAACUAACAACUAGUGAAGCAUUGACGCUAUGACGAGUCGUUCUCAGCCUGCGCAGGACAGAACGGACUUCAGAGAAGACUGAUGUUUCAUUUGUGCUUUAACUGAACGGUUUCACUGUCUUUGCCGUUGUCCCAUUGGUAUAUAUAUGGUUCAAGUCACGCCCUCAUCUUGUCGAAAAUGAAACAGACGGCACUGAUUGUUUGGAUCAGCCUUCUCGUGCAAGUGUGUCAGGGGGCCGGGGGACAUUACGCUCGCAAACUUCUGAAUGACUUGAUGGAGGACUACUCCAAUGCUUUGAGGCCUGUAGGGGACACUGACAAAGCCCUCAAUGUCUCCCUUCAGAUCACGCUGUCCCAGAUUAAAGAUAUGGAUGAGCGAAAUCAGGUGCUAACCACAUACCUGUGGAUCAGGCAAGUGUGGCACGAUGCCUACCUUAAGUGGAACAAGGAGGACUACGACGACCUGGAGAUGAUCAACAUUCCAAGUGACCUGGUUUGGAAGCCUGACAUCGUCCUCUAUAACAAAGCAGAUGAGGAGUCGUCAGGUCCGUCCAACACCAACGUGAAGCUGCGUUACAACGGGGAGAUCGUCUGGGACUCCCCAGCCAUCACGAAGAGCACGUGCGUGGUGGACGUUUCCUACUUCCCGUUUGACUGGCAGCAGUGCAACCUCACAUUUGGCUCAUGGACUUACAAUGGGAACCAGGUUGCUGUUAGCUUAGGAAUGGACAGCGGCGACCUGUCUGACUUUGUGGAGAACGUGGAGUGGGAGUGUCACGGCAUGCCGGCGGUGAGGAACGUCAUGAUGUACGGCUGCUGCUCGGAUCCAUACACUGAAGUCACUUACACCUUGCUCCUGAAGCGCCGUUCCUCCUUCUACAUCUUCAAUCUCCUCCUGCCUUGCUUCCUUAUCUCCUUCCUGGCACCAUUGGGCUUCUACCUCCCGGCUGACUCCGGGGAGAAGGUGUCACUUGGGGUCACCGUGCUGCUCGCGCUCACCGUGUUCCAGCUGCUGGUGGCCGAGAGCAUGCCGCCAGCGGAAAGCAUGCCCUAUAUAGGGAAGUACUACAUUGCCACCAUGAUCAUGAUCACAGCUUCAACCUCUCUCACCAUCUUCAUUAUGAACAUCCAUUUCUGUGGAGCUGAGGCCAAGCCAGUCCCUCACUGGGCUAAAGUCCUCAUCAUAGACUACAUGUCCAAAAUCCUUUUUGUCUAUGAGGUAGGGGAGAAUUGUACCACACCCGAGUGUGAGAAGAGCCCUCUGUACCCUGACGAAACCGUGAGUGAGACGAGCUUCGACCCUGACAUCCACCACCUUGGCAGCGACUCGUACAAACACAACAAUGGCCACAGCAUCCAUCAUCAUCACAGCCAACAUUGCAAAAAACAGGCCCACGUCAAAGAAAACAACAAACAGCAUUACAAAAACCACGCCCAUCGACCGGAGGGGAAGGAAGAGGCUGCACAGCACUACCACCAUCACAUCACAAAUGAUGAGGACUACAAGGCUGCUCCUCAUGCUUCAUACCUCCAGCAUUUGAACGGAGAACUCAAGGAGCAGAUCCUCUAUCCCGAGGAGAAACAUCAGAUCCCGGCCUGCCCCUGCAGCUGCCCCUGCCUCCAACACAAUCAGGUGGUGAAGAACAUCCAGUACAUGGCCAACUGCUUCCGUGAGCAGAGGACUACUUGCAUCAAGGCUGCGGAGUGGAAGAAGGUUGCCAAGGUGAUGGAUCGAUUUUUCAUGUGGAUCUUCUUCAUCAUGGUGUUCCUCAUGAGCAUCCUGAUUAUCGCCAAGGCAUCCUGACAGUUUGUUUUCAACACUAAUCCUCAAUGAUCCCCCGAGUCACCUAAUUCUCAUCUUAGAGGUGGAAUGAAUUGGAACUGUCUGUCUACAGUACAAUGAAAGGUGUUUCAUAUGUCAGUAUUGUGCGGUCGCUGUUUGCAUGUCGUCACUUUGUUUACUGGGCUUUGGACACAUAAGACCUGAAGGGAUCAUUAAAACAAUUUAGGCUACAGCAA